AUAAAAUAGCAACAGUUCGCUGUUUAGACUGACCAGUAUAUUUGUGAAUUGUGCACAACUUACCAUAAACAAAUUACUGUAUCCAUGCUACACAAGAGCGUGCGUAUUACAGAACUGGUUAACAUGCCUCAAGAUGAAUAUUUCCAACAGAAAGAGAUGUGUACGAAUCACGAGAAUUCCAAGUUUUAGAUUUUCUGCAAGGCUUGCUCAACAGCCGUGUGUUCAAACUGUGCCCUUGUUUUUCACAGAGACCACGAGAUUUGUAAUCUGAAAGAUGUUUAUAAUGCGAAAAAAGAAUUAAUCAGAGCUGGUUUGAAAGAUUUACAGACAUCAGAAGAAAACCUCAGAACAUAUUCAGAGAAAUUAGCAGUAGAUAAUCUAACACUAGCUGCGACAGAACAGCACCUUUUGAGCGACAUUGAUGAAUCGAGUAAUUAAACCAUUGCCAAAAUUAAGGAAAUAGCAACACGGCUAAAAGAAGAUGCUAUUUCUAAGGCAGCCAAACAAAAAUCACAGAGGAGCGAACAAAUGGAGUUGAUUACACAAUCGGAAAGUGUCAAGGCGGAGCAUAUUCUGCAUUGCCAACAGGCUCUGCAGUUUGCUCGACAAGUGGAAUUCAUUGAAAUGGCUCAGGUUCUUGAAAUCGAAACGAAACUACCUGAACUGGAGACGAAGAAAAUUAACGCGAAUCUGACGAUUUUUGAACAAAUUGAUAACCUCAUCGAAAAACCCGAGAUCGUAUGUGAACAAACAACUGAAAACAUUGAAGGACCAAUCGUCCUGUGUGACACGUAACAGUUCAGACCGUGCGUUGAGUUUUCUAAAGCCAAGAUGGAACACGAAUCCAAUGCCAUCACAGUCACUUUCGUUCCGAAGAAAAAUAGCUACGGUGACGAUAAAACCGAGUUGCCCUCUUCUGUAGAAAUCAGUCUCACAUCUUGUGUAGAAAUCAAUCAGAAUAUGGGAGGAAGCUUGAAGACUGGUGCUGCUGUUGAUGGUGGUCGCACAUCUUGUGUAGAAAUCAAUCAGAAUAUGGAAGGAAGCUGGGUGACUGCUGCUGCUGUUUAUGGUGGUCUCACAUCUUGUGUAGAAAUCAAUCAGAAUAUGGAAGGAAGCUUGAACACUGCUGCUGCUGUUGAUGGUUGUCUCACAUCUUCUGUAGAAAUCAAUCAGAAUAUGGAAGGAAGCAUGAAGACUGGUGCUGCUGUUGAUGGUGGUCUCACAUCUUGUGUAGAAAUCAAUCAGAAUAUGGGAGGAAGCUUGAACACUGCUGCUGCUGUUGAUGGUGGUCGCACAUCUUGUGUAGAAAUCAAUCAGAAUAUGGAAGGAAGCUUGAAGACUGCUGCUGCUGUUGAUGGUGGUCUCACAUCUUGUGUAGAAAUCAAUCAGAAUAUGGAAGGAAGCUUGAAGUCUGCUGCUGCUGUUGAUGGUUGUCUCACAUCUUCUGUAGAAAUCAAUCAGAAUAUGGAAGGAAGCUUGAAGACUGCUGCUGCUGUUGAUGGUGGUCUCACAUCUUGUGUAGAAAUCAAUCAGAAUAUGGAAGGAAGCUUGAAGUCUGCUGCUGCUGUUGAUGGUUGUCUCACAUCUUCUGUAGAAAUCAAUCAGAAUAUGGAAGGAAGCUUGAAGACUGCUGCUGCUGUUGAUGGUGGUCUCACAUCUUCUGUAGAAAUCAAUCAGAAUAUGGGAGAAAGAUUGAAGACUCUUGCUGCAGUUGAUGGUAGUCUCGAGUACAAAGUUGAUACGACGGGUCAUACUAGAUCGUCCAUCAGUAUCAAUGGCUACCACAUAUUUCAUGACAGAUUUGAUUUCCGCAUCAAGGAACGAUGAAUACCUGAUAAGAAAAAUACUUAUAUGAGUUGAUGGUCGGGAACAUGAAUACAGAGAAAUAUGUUUAACGAACAUUGAAUUUGAUGACUGGAGGAGAAACAGGAAACUCUGCGAAAUUACAGCAAGCGGUCUGCUGGUCAACACAUAUUCACCCAAACCUCCAUUUAAUCCUCCAGACAGUCUACAGAUUUUUAUCGGAGUUA